AUGGGCGAGAUCGCGUUCGUGGAGGCAUUCGGCCCCGCGGCCACAGACCUACACACCAAGGCCACGACAGCGAAGACGGAGAAGAACUUGCUGACGUUCUCCAACGUAAACAUCAUCCACAAGGCCAACCAGUACAUCACGUCGCGUCUGCCGUACUACGUCCAGCUCAAGACGAAGGCGGGCUCGAAGAGCGUGAUAGAGACGGCCCCCGCGGAGGGCACGUGGGCUACAGUUCCCACGCACCAUCCAUUCCUGGACAUCGCGAAGAUCACCAAGGUUCAGUCCGACGUUCAGCACUGUGUCUUCGGCGUCGUUGCGCGCCAGCCCGGGGCGAAGUGGCAGGAGACGAGGUACGGCCCCGGGUGCGUCUGCAACGCGAUCCUCCGGGCCGCUACGAUCGCGAAGGACUACAAAAUUUGCGAGACCUGCACGGCGUCGCUGUCUGCAUUGACGGCGGUCAUCGUGCCUGGCAACGCCCGGGACCUCGAUGGAGUGUACGAAGCUCACAGCGUAGCGAUCAUGGGCGUGACCCCUGUCUUGCGCAACGAAGGCUUCGUCAUGCGCUGCUGCGCGACGUGCGAGAAGCAGGUCCCGGACGGCGACCACGGCAGGUGCGACGAGCACGGCGAGGCCCCAAUCGAGUCGCGGUGGAUCAUCCAGCUCGAGUUGACCGAUGGCACGGGCCACUGCGCUGCCAUGCUCUACCACGACGUGGCCAUGCAGAUUCCAGGCUUCCCUGAUCCUUCGACCGCCGAGGACCCGAGCUUCCGGAAGUUCCUCCAGACGCUCCGCGCCGCCCCCUACUCCGUCCGCUUGAUCUACCGCAUCAACGCGCUGCGCGAAGUGAGCAACCUGGAGGCCAAGCUGCUGUUGCCCACGCUCACGUCCGACGGCGUCGUCGGCUCGUGGCGCCUGGACCCGACCCCUAUCACCUUCAGCAACACCGCGUGCCCUUUCGCGAAGUGCGCCUCCGUGACCUUCGACCCAGACCUGGGCUUCGCUGUCGUGGACGGCUCGACGGUCACCUCCGUCCGCGUCCUCGUCACCUUCCAGGACCCGGAUGAGGACGAGGAGACGACGGUGCCCGACACCGCGCAGGGCCUUCGCGUCACGCGGGUGGCCACGUGCGCCCUCGAGCCCGCGGGCCAGGAGGCGCCAGCGAAAUUCCAGUUCACUGCCAGCGGCCUCUCCAGCGCCGUGCAAUGGCUGGUCCGCGCCGACGGGACGUUCUUCCUGAGUGCUACAAAACGGAAGAACGACAACACUUUCGUUGUUCAGACACACCACAAGGUGACCCCGCCCGACGCAGCGUUGUGGGCGUAG